AUGCGACACUACAGCCAAGCAUUAUCACUCUUUGUACCACUUCUCAGUGAUGUGACCCCUCAAAACUGCCAGAGUCUGUUUGCCUGUUCAUUUCUCAUUUCCGGCUUCUCAUUCGCCUCCCAAGGCCUCAAAACCGAACCUUCCUCGAUGCAUAUGGGCGAAGUUAUGGAAGUUUUCAAAUUAGUCCGUGGGACAGCUUCAAUUGUGGAAAAGGCACGAGAGUGGAUCGAGCGGGGUGAUAUGCGGCCUCUACUAAAAUUUGCUACAUGUGAGCGACGAGCUAUGCGCUCAAGCCAUGUCUAUGGAGUGCGUUCUCGACUUGAAUCGCUCAUCAAUCAGCAAGCAGGUGAUCACCGCUCCUCUCAUCCUCCGAGUAGCCUGCGGGCAGUGUUAGAUCGCUCCAAUCAGCACCUUCUGGAUCUAUGUGAUUCUUCCAUCACUAGCAACAAUGAAGCUACCGUUCUCGCUUGGCCUGCUAUAAUAGAUCCAGAGUAUUUGGAUCUUAUGCAGCAACUCGAGCCAAGGUCGUUGGUUACACUCGCUCACUAUGGGGCUGUUCUCCAUAUUCUGACCAGUGCGUGGUGGAUGGAAGGCUGGGGCAAAUUCUUGGUCAUUGUUGCCGCGGCACAUUUGGAUGAUUCUACACGAUCGGGAAUUGCCUGGCCUUUAGCCGUUGUCAAUGAGAAGGCCGAUGUGUGA